AUGCGGUACCUAGGCAUUGUCCUCGACGGUCGGUGGAGCUUCACUGAGCACUUUGCGCGGAAGGCGCCAAAAUUGCUGGCCGCAGCUGGAGCACUCGGGGGACUGCUCCCGAACACCGGGGGACCGGGCAGCACAUGCCGCCGCCUUUAUCAGGGUGUUGUGCGCUCCAUGGCACUCUAUGGGGCCCCAAUAUGGGCAGAAUCCCUGAACGCUCGGAACGUGGCCCUGUUGCGCAGACCCCAACGGGUUAUAGCCACAAGAGCGAUACGAGCGUACAGGACGGUCUCCUUUGAGGCGGCGACGUUGCUGGCCGGCAGCCCACCAUGGGACCUGGAGGCUGGGGUCCUGGCGGCGGUAUACUGGCAAGUUGCGGAAGAGCGGGCGGCGGGAAAUCGUCCACUUCCGGAGGAGAUCAAGCUUUGGAGGGAGGAGGCCAAGGAUGACCUUCUCCGGAGGUGGGAUGAAAGGCUAGAAGCCCCGAGCGCAAGCCGCGAGGUGGUGGGCGCAGUACGCCCAGUCCUUAGGGACUGGUUGAAGCGCGACUUCGGGCCAAUGACGUACCACUUGACACAGGUACUUACUGGGCACGGUUGCUUUGGUAGGUACCUGUGGCGAGUGGCACGACGAGAGGACACAGCGGUGUGCAAGCACUGUGACAGAGGUGAGGAGGACACGGCGCAUCACACCCGCGCCGUAUGCCCUGCGUGGGAUGAACCAAGAUCGGAGAUGGCGGCGGUUCUUGGAGCAGACCUAUCGCUGCCGGCAAUAGCCAGUGCGAUGGUCCGUAAUAGAGGCACCUGGGAGGCGGUCGUCGCGUUCUGCGACGCUGUCAUGUCCCUAAAGGAGGCGGCGGAGAGAGAGCGAGAGGACGAUCCCCUCUCGCUCCCUAUCCGCCGAAAAAGGACCGGGCGGAGGCGGGCCGCGUAUGACCGCCGCUUGCCGCCCUAA